CCCGCGCACGGGACUCUGGGAAACCGAGUCCACGCCCUGAAUAAUUCGAGCCACCCCGUUCUCCCACCUUCUCCUCCGACGCGAACAAGAUGCCGGCCGUACACCACAAGCUGCUGCUGGAGGACGCCCUGCAGGACAGUCCCCAGACUCGCUCCUUGCUCAGUGUGUUUGAGGAAGAUGCUGGGAUGCUCACAGAAUACACCAACCAGCUACUACAGUCGAUGCAGCGGGUCUUUGGAGCUCAGAGUGAGAUGGGAUUGGCCACAGAGCAGCUCUCAAGGCAACUUCUGGAAUAUGAAAAGAAAAAUUUUGCCCUUGGAAAAGGUGAUGAAGAGGUAAUCACCACGCUGCAGAGCUUCGCCAAAACUGUAGGGGAGCUGAACUCGCUCCACUCUGUGCUCGCCAACCAGAUGGCUGACAGCAUGGUCUUCCCCUUGAUCCAGUUCCGAGAGAAGGACCUCACAGAGAUUAGCACACUGAAGGAAAUCUUUGGCAUCGCCACUGAUGAGCAUGAGGCAGCUAUGGUCAAGUACAGCCGACUGCCCAAGAAGAAGGAGAAUGAGAAGCUGAAGACGGACUUGGUGAAGGAGGUGGCUUAUACCAGGAGGAAGCAGCACCAGGCCUCACUGCAGUAUUACUGUGCCCUCAAUGCCCUGCAGUAUCGCAAGAGAGUCGCGAUGCUGGAACCCAUGUUGGGCUACACACAAGCACAGAUCAGCUUCUUCAAGAAAGGCAUCGAGCUGGUGUCAAAGAAGAUGGACAACUUCCUGUCCUCUGUCUCCAACAUGACACAAAGUAUCCAGGCCCAGCUGGACACGGAGGCGGAGGCCAUGCGUGCGUCCCAGAGGGAGCUCCUCUCUGUGGAGGACACGGUCUAUAUGCCAGAUAAGGACACUGAGCCUGUCAAUCGCACACUUAUCCAGAAGGCCGGCUAUCUCAACAUUAGGAAUAAAACAGGCCUGGUGACCACAGCCUGGGAUCGACUGUACUUCUUCACCCAGGGGGGGAACCUCAUGUGCCAGCCACGUGGGGCAGUAGCAGGGGGCAUGGUGCUGGACCUGGACAACAGCUCCGUCAUGGCUGUGGAGUGCGAGGACAGGCGCUACUGUUUCCAGAUAACCUCCCCCUCUGGCAAAACGUCAAUGAUUCUGCAAGCCGAGAGCAAAAAGGAGUACGAAGAAUGGAUUUGCACCGUGAACAACAUCUCCAGACAGAUCUACCUGACCGACAACCCAGAGGCUGUGGCCAUUCGACUCAACCAAAGCGCCAUCCAGGCCGUCACCCCCAUCACCAGCUUUGAGAAGAGGCAAGAAGGCUCCCCCAACCCUGACAGAGCGAAGCCGGGGGGUACACAUGCUGCCAGCAGCGGCUCGCAGAAGACGGGGGCUGCUCCAGAACCCGAGGACCUGAUAGCUCCCGGUACUCCCAUUCAGUUUGACAUCAUGCUGCCAGCUUCUGAGUUCCAGGACCAGAACAGAGCAGGGGGGAGACGCACAAAUCCGUUUGGAGAAACGGACGAUGACUGUUCAACCGGAAGUGACGACUCCCUCCUGCAGCAGGUGUUUGCCGUGCGCUUCCUCGGCUCCAUGGCGGUUCGCUGCGGCGACAACCAGGAGGUGAUCUACGAGGCCAUGAGGCAGGUGCUGGCUGCCCGAGCCAUCCACAACAUCUUCAGGACCACAGAGUCCCACCUCAUGGUCACCAGCAGCAGCCUCAGGCUGAUUGACCCUCAGACUCAAGUUACAAGAAUAAGCUUCCAGCUCGGAGAGGUGUGCCAGUUUGCUGCCCACCAGGAGAACGGCAGGCUGAUGGGAUUCUUGGUCGAGGGCAGAGACUGGAGUGACGGAGAUGAGGAGGGAGAGCCCUCGUUCAGCGCCUUCGUGUUCGAGAGCAACACUGAGGGCGAGAAGAUAUGUUACACCAUCAGCCUGGCCAAGGACAUUACAGAGGCCAAGAAGGACCCCGAGGCUCUGGCGGAGCUGAUGAAGAACAUGCCGCUUACCAAUGAUGGCAAGUUCCUGCUGCUGGAGCCUGAGACGGACGACAUGACCAACGGAGCGGGACAAGAAGACCUGGAGUCUGAGGCCUAGUAAAACAACAAACACAAAAAAAAAAAAGAAACGAGAGAGAGAGAGAAGCCUUUCCCUAGGUGAACGUGUCAUCACGACCCCUUAAGCCCCAACUCUGCGACUGUAACAGCCAUAUUAGAGAGAGUAGUUCACCUCCACUGACCCUGUGUUACUAGAUAUCCGUCUCUUUUGCUGUGAUGAAAGAAGACGACAUAGGCAGGGCGGGUUAUUUGCACCUAAAAGCAGAUCUCGUGGACGCUCCGUGGGAUCUGCUUUUCUACGCUCAAACUGCAGCGUGAGUCUUCUGGAGUCUUGUUUUUUAACCCACUGUGGCUGGUACUCGCAUCAAAAGGGACUGUGUAGGUACUGAUUGUGUUUCACCGUCUACUAAUACUCCGGCAACCCGACACGAGGUGGUGAAAUAAUUUUGUUCAGUUUAGGUUUACAUUUAUUUUGUAGGUUUACAUACUUUGUUUUUGAGAGUUUAUUUCUUUACUUCCAUUCCUAGUUUAACUUGUACGUAAAGCUCUCACUGCAACUACUUUUUAAUUGUCAUGUACAAAAACGUUAUUGCACUUCCAAGAGUUGUAUGUGUUUAACAACAACACUUUGAGACCGCAGAAUGCACUAAUGGAGACGUCUGAAGGAUCUGUUUUCUCUGCAGAGCAGCGACUGUUGCGUUGCUCGUAAUUGCUUGUGAUAAUUAUUAUGACUCGUAUGAGCGCAUGUGUCUUGAAGCAGUGGAGACAGUAGGGGCGAUUGAGGUCACUCAGACCUGGCAUACUGACAUAUCUGAAGGUUUUCCCACUGAAACUGAAUCAAUGUAAUGUUUUACAAGAUUCUCGCCCAAGUGAAGUUCAGUUAAGAUGAUCCGUGUUUCACAUCCUCCCUGAGCAGCCCACAUAUUCUUUUGUACAAUUAAAAUACUUCUUUGCACUCCGUCUCUAGAAAGCCUGUGUAAAUAUGAUCUGUCCGAGUGUCUCUGGUGUUUAAUCAGUCGGCUGCAUUAAAAAAACUUUGAGAGUCAA